AUGGCGUGUGAUACCUUUGCUGCCAUGGGGGAAUAUUUUGAGCAGUACAGUUACUCCACUUUUGAGGAUGUCCAGUCGGGAUGGAGUGAGUACAGUGACCAUUAUGACGUGGACCAGCAAUAUGACAAUGGAAUUACGUAUGACAUUCCAGUACAACAUGAGUACUAUUAUGAACAGUCAGGUGAGCAUAAGUAUCUCAAUCAAGAGGUGCCAUCUGGAACGGUCGUGUGUUAUGACUUUGGACUGGAAACCAAGCAAAACCAGGAGAAAAAGUACCCGGAUAAAACAAAACCGACAGAUAUGGUCAGACUAGGAGCCACUGUGCGCGAGAGAAACAGAAUGCAUAUGCUGAAUGAUGCCUUCGAUGAACUUCGCAAAGUGGUUCCGAAAAAUAACUUGGGUGAGCAUCAAAAAUUGUCAAAAAUCGCUACUCUGCGACUAGCGAUUCGAUACAUCUCGUCCUUGACCAAAACUCUGAGAGAUGCAGGGGUGGAAGUUCGUAUUGUGAGGAGUUCGGGAAUCACAGACCGUAGAGGAAAACGACGAGGAGUUCGAAGGCCGGCUGUGGAAAAGACACCAAGGUUUUCCGAAUGAAU